AUGCAAAAGGAAGAACUUAAUUGGAUAAAUGGUGACCGUGGUAAUAAUGCGACUGGUAAACUUGAAUUAAGAGAUGAAGUUAAUUCAACGUCAACAGAAUCUUCCACCAGCACUACUGCUACUGCCACGAAAAGAGCUCCUUUAACUACAGAUUCGGAACCUGAUACUACUUCACCUCCUGAAGAUUCCCCCACUUCUUCACCUGAAAAUUCACCCACUUCUUCACCUGAAAAUUCACCCACUUCUUCACCUGAAGAUUCACCCACUUUUUCACCUGAAGAUUCACCCACUUCUUCACCUGAAGAUUCUCCCACUUCUUCAGAUUCACCCACCUCUUCACCUCCUGAAGAUUCACCCACUGAUUCACCUGAUACUCCAUCUGAAACUGAAACUCCAUCACCCACCACUUCACGUAAAACUUCAAACUCAAAUACAAAAACCGAUGCCACAACUCCCACCACUAAAGACACCCCCAAAACCACUGACUCAGAUGAUGAUGAAACUUCGACAAUAGAUUCCAUAAAAACUACAAAAUUGACCACAUAUAUUACAUCUGAAACGACAGUUAUUCCAGGAAGUACAUCAGCAUUUACCACACAAGAUGAGCAAGGUGUAUUAACUGUUAUGACUACUGAGAUACCUGCCUCGACCGUAGUAGUCGUAAAAAGUGUUGUCACAGCUCAAACUGAUACUUCUUCUCCAGAUGUGCCAAGUUCAAGUAAUACUUUAAAUAUGAGUAUUGGGUUAAAUCUUUUAAUUUGUAUAAUUAGUAUAGGCUAUAUGGUUGUCGUAUAG